AUGGACGAAACACGAUGGACGCCACGACUGGUAAACUGUGGCAUCGAGUACCAGCCCAUUGCGGUGCAGUAUAGAAAUGCGCGCAGGUUUUUCAAUUGCCGACAGUACGACAGUGGACCCGGCUUGAACUGGGUCGAAAUUGUCGUCCAUCACGAGGGGACACUCAAUUUUACAGCUAAUCCCAAGGACCUGAUAUUGAAUGCUAUCUAUGAGGCGGUGGAGAAUGAAUCUUUCUAUCCCGUUAACUAUCAAAGUGGUCAAGUGGCUGACACCUUUCUUGUACGCGCCUGUAAGCCGGCAUUGGAUCAGUUAUUCAAGCGCAGCUUAACUCUUCGCCUCAUUAAUGGCGCCAUGAUCCCCAUGGCCGUGUGGUUCAAUGUGGCUAGUCAUCAGAGGGAUCACAUUUCCCCUCCACUGAUCAUAUCCCAGGUAACCGAUCGUCUCUUAAAUCGCCUGGAGAACCAUCGUGGCGUGGAGAACGUUUUGAACCUGAGCAAGUUUAGCAGUCAUCCAGCGUUCAAAUAUAUUGAGGUCAAAUUGAAAAAUUCAUUCACCUUCCAUCUGGUCUGCUCGACCAUACACAACAAUGACGAUCGUCGUCGUACCAUAAAGGGAUUCAAUUUAUCCCAAAAUGAACUCACUGAUCUUUCACCCAUGCGACUCUUUGGCGAUUUUGACUAUGAAUUGUUGGAUAUAACGGGAAAUUCGAUCCAAUCCUCUAAGCGCCUUUGCAGCGAUCUAGAGCGUGUGAGAGCAAAGCACCUCUAUUUGGCAAAUAAUCCUUUAACCAAAUCCAAUAAGUUUCCCGAUUGCCUAAGCCCUCUGAUUAACAAUUUUAAGUUUGUGGAUGGGGUACCAUUUGAUAAGCUCCACAAGCUAUAUUCGCCGCUCAACUAUGAGAUUGACAUGGAGUGCGACGGGGUGCGCAUCGACUGGACCAACAAGUCAACGCUAUUAAAGUUCAAGGAUAGCAAGUAUUGGCAUGCCUUUCUGAUUCCCGAUGCUGAUCACAAGUUCAACAAAGAGGACCUGUUUAAUUUUUUCUUUGUAAUGGUUUCGCCUGAAUUGAGUGAAUUUUAUCCAUGUUACUACAAGUUUGAAUAUAACCAACAUCGAUUUCUGGUGCGGGAGUGCUUCGAUCAAAUUGAGCACUUGGUCAACAAUUGCAAUCUUGAAAUGAAAAUUCCUCAGAUCACGUCAGAUGAGCAGGAGCUCACAUAUCAGAACUCCGUACCCUAUUAUCUGCGCAUGAAUGUGACCGCCAUGAAGCAAGGACAUUUGCAGCCGAAGAAAUGCAUUGAGCAGGCUUUGCAGCAGCGCUUCGCUGCUACCAAUCGUGUGCUGAAUCUGGAGGACUUUCAAAGCUCAGAACAAUUGGAGAAUGUCAUCGUUAGCUUAAGCUCGCCGCGCAUCCUUAGCACCGUCCUGCGAAUGGCAUCGCGCAAAUUCCUAGGCAACUGCAUUGAAUUGCGUUUGGGCAACAAUAAGAUUUUGGGCCUCAAUUUGCGCACCUUAUCGUUGCUGAAUGGCCUGCUGGCUUUGGAUCUUUCUAUGAAUUGGAUCUAUGAUCUGUCGAUGCUAACUGCGUUGAACGAGAUUCCAUUGAGGUCCUUGCGAUUGCACGGCAAUCCUUUGUGCAAGAAAUACGUUUUGCCAAGUGAGUACAUUCGGGAUGUGAAGAAGGUAUGUCCGGGUCUCUUGCGACUGGAUGAUGUGGACUUGAGCACAAAGCCGGGCUUGACACCCCAGAAGGAUUUCCUCUGCGACACAGCUGGCUAUGAGCUGGUGGGCGAAGAUUUUUUAUGUCCCUAUAUGCAGGACUUUGAGCUAUUGGAUACGCGCUUUGAUCUACGCCGCUUCUACUCUGAAGAGUCGAUUUUCACGCUGACUUGCAGCUAUGACAUCCGCCGUGCCCAUCCCACAAAGCCGACGAACGAGCUGUGCAAGCGCAUCAACAAAUACAAUUACUUCAGCAGGAAUCUGCUCAAGAAUUCGAUGGACACGUGCCGCGUGCAUUUGGGCGAACAUGAUAUAAUGCAGACUCUGAUGCAGCUGCCAGAGGUAAAGCAUGACUACAUCUCGAUGCAAACGGAUGUGAUGCACCACGAUGAACAAGGCGCCAUGGUCUAUGUGACUGGCGUACUGCUCGAUGGGCCGGACUUGUUGCUCGCCUUCAGCAGGCAGUUCGUGCUCAGAGUGAAGGAGACUGAGUGUGGCAUCGGCGGAGGAGGUCAGGUCAUGAUUAUUGCCAACGAGCGUCUCAACAUUAUGAAUCCGACGCCAAAGCAGGAGCGAGAUGCCUUCAAGGUUGUCAAGCCCCGCGAGUUGGAGCCAGAGCCUGAUGACUCUUUGGAGGUCAAGGAGCACAAGCUGCAUAUCCUUCAGGAAAUAACUGGACUGCGCCCCAAGUGGUGCACCCGUAUCCUGCAAGAGGAGGCCGAUUGGGACAUGCGAUCGGCGCUCAAACAGUUCGUUAAAUUGGACGAGCAAAAUAAGUUGCCAGACGAAGCAUUUACUUAAGGAGCUGGGAAUUUUAAUUGAAUAACGGAUUCCUUAUCUGCAUUUAUGACGCAGGCGCAGCUCAAGUGCGUCGAAUCAAAUUUCAGAGAAAUUUGACGAUAUCAGCAACUGCGCUCGCAAAAACACUCAAAAAACUUUUAGACUCAAGAGCCAACAAAUCAAAUAACUGUUACCAAAAUUAAUCUCUGUGAUUAGCAGAAAUACCAAAAAGUUCUACUAAUACCUGUACUUAUUAAUUA